UUUUCUGGCCAAGGAGAUCCUCGUGUAGUAGAUGAAUGGGUUCAGGGUCUCGAGAUUAUUUUCGAGGUCAUGAACUGCCCUGAUCGUUAUCGCAUGUUAUGUGCCCAGAUCCAGCUGACCGGUGAUGCUCGACUCUGGUGGCAAGCCUAUUGGAGUAUGUGUCCCGGUGAAAAAGAUGGUUGUACGUGGGACCAGUUCAAGGAGCUGAUCCGAGAAAAGUAUUAUCCCUCGUAUUACCGAGCAGACAUGGAGCGCCAGUUCUUGGCACUCACCCAGGGUACUCGUUCUGUCGACAAGUACGAAAGAGAGUUCACCCGUCUCGGAGCCUUUGUACCUGAUCUUGUGGGUACAGAGACGAAGAGAGCCCACCGUUUCACUCACGGACUCCACCCAGCAGUCCACCACAACAUCGUAGGUCACGGCGUCCAGACCUACGCCCGCGCAGUUGCCAUUGCACAGGAAAUCGAUGCCAGUAUCCGACGAGAAGCCGCCCAGACAUCAAUCCAGCCAGUUGUUCAUCCACCAGCCCAGCCCAAGGUUGCCCAACCAUCAACAAACAAGAAUAAAAGGAAGUUCAAAGGAGGUCCAGAUGAUCGCAGGAACCGCCAAAGACAGAAGACAAAUACCAGAAUGCCCAACCUGCGGGAAACACCACCGUGGAGAAUGCCUCUGUGGUAUUUGCGCUCUAUGUGUUUGCUUGCUCUGUGGGCUCGUGGUUCCCUUGAAUUUGCUACUGCACCACUAUUAUCACAGUACACGGUAAUAACAUGUGGCAAACUCGGAAUCACUUCUAAGUCCACCAAGAAGUUUCUGAGCCAAACUGCCUCUUUCGCUGCCUCAGAGGCUGCGAUGUACUCGGCUUCCAUAGUGGAGUCUGCUACGCACUUCUG